CCAGUUUGGGGCGUGUCACGGUCGAAGAUCGUGGCUUUCAGUCACAGAAUAGAACGUCGUGAAUACCUGAUGAGUCUAGCAAUGACCGAGGGCCGAGUCAGUUACCAAUUGGUUGUGGAGCUGUACCAUGGGAAACGCUCUACCAUGGACCUUACUAGUACCCGUUUCGCGUCCGGGUGUACAGCAUUCAAAUUCCCGCCCCAAGAAUAAACGGCGUCGGAAGUGUUGUCAUGGUUCUGCACAGGUUAAACUGAGCUUCUCUUGUCCAAGCCAUCCGAGCAAAUCCUCACGCAAGAGAAGAGCCUUGCCCUGGUGCAAAUUUUCAUCAACGCCUCAUUGGCAUGCAUCGCCCAUACUCGGGAACUCAUUCCAUGGACAUCGCCCUGCUUUCGUGUUCGAUACAUUGAGCAGAUCAAUGCCGUCGUUGAUGCUGACGAGGUCGACUUGUACGCAGCCUUCAAAGCUCUCGAAGGAAAGUCGACGGACUCUGGUCAGGAAAUACGAUUUCUCGUGCGUGGAGGUCACACAAGAGCUGACCAGAUGCUCGAAAUGCUGGAAGAUGGCAUCUUCGAAGCUCUCCAGCGCAGCUAUCUGGACACCCUACAAGUCUUCAUCACCAAAGCUGUAGAACCUCGAGCCGUACUCGAAACCUACUCAUUUGCCUUCAAGUAUGUUGACGGUCGUCUCAAUAGCAUCGAGCUAGCUCCUACAAGUCGUGCCUUGGUGCUCGAGAAUUUCCAAAAGAGCUUCAAAUCAGUCAUACGUGCUCUGCUUCGUUCUUUGAAAGAUCUGCCUCACCUACCAGCACACCGGAGGCUGGGAAUGAGCCUCAUCUACAACGACGACUGUCCACCAAGCUAUCAGCCCCCUGGCUUUGUCGAUCAACAAGACUUUCCAGACGAGGCCGGCGAUAAGAUUUGUAAUACGCUGUGGGAUGAUGGUUGGAAUAUGGUUGGAAAGCUCGAGACCGGACAUCAUCAGGUCGCUGUUGGAGUCCGCUCUCUUCAUUCUGAAGAGGCGAUCUCGUCCGUGGACCCACAUGACACGGCCAUGAGCAAGCAAUUGCAAGCCAUGCAAAAGACUUCCUCGCAGCCAACUACGAAUCUUAUCUCCACCCUCAGGGACUCUGGUUCUAGACGGAAACGGGCGGAUAAUGUCCCAAUUCCAGCCAAGCGUGUAAAAGUGGCACAUGGUCAAGGAGUUCAAGAAGACGGAGUCCAGAGACAAUUUGACAGCAACCGGCAGGCUGAAGAGACAGAUGACCCGAAACAUGUCAGUGCCACAGGCAUUGUCCAGCAGAACAGUAUGGGGUCCAGCAAUGCCUCAGUCAAUCCACCACGACGAUCAACCGUCGACCAUCCGAGACGCUUGGUCACGAGCAAACUCGCACAAAUUCUGACUCAUUGCUACGCUAUUCAACGUUGCGUGACUGGCGUCAGCCCUGUUUUCGACGAGAACUUGCUGGCUGGGGGGACGAUCAAAAGGCGCUUACGGUCGUCAAGAAUCAAGUGUGAGUGUGGAGGCCGACAUAGGUCGAAAGACAUGCUUUUCUGCGAAGUUUGCAACAGCUGGCAGCACCGAGAGUGCUACGGCUUUGAUGUCGAUACCUCUGAAUCACAUCUCCUUGGACAUAGGUUUUGCUACACCUGUUUGCUGUUUCCAGAAGCACAGGUCGGCUGCUACCUCCCCUCGUACAUCAUUCUCAUGCGAACUGCGGUUUUGCGGUUUAUGGACGUCGAGCAACAGGGAAUUCUGCUGUACAAGGAUGGCUUCCAUAGGAUGCUCGAUCCGUGCAACUUUGCGGAGCGGACUCUGGACAAGGCGCUGGCUGAUCUGGUAGAAGAACAGAUUCUUUUGCCCGGAGACAAGCAGUCAUGGCAGCUACAAACUCUGAACAAAGAUGAACUUCAAGGCGUCCAGAAGUUUUUGGACCCUUUUGCAUACAUUGAGCAUCUCUACGAGAACGUUGUUGACCAGACACUUCCAUCGAAGAGGACAGCGUUGCUCGCCAAUGAGCUCAAAAAAUGCGCGAAAGGUUGCGACUUCACUGCUGCUGAAGGCUGUCACGAGUUUAUCACAUACGACGAUUUCGACCAAAAGGUGUCCAGAUGGGGUUAUUACGAAGAGAUUUCUGUCUCGACAGGAGACACAUGUCUCACGGGACCUUCUCCGACAGUCCCGGUACUCCGUCGGAAGAUCAGCAUUUCCAGGACCUUGAUAGACAUCGACCGUUCAGCCCCCAAUGAAAGCGUAGGCAUGGAGGAGUUUUCUCAACCCAUCGGAGACAUUGGCUACUCCAGCGACUUUGCCAGCACUUCAACGGCGACUGCUGACUGAGGUUCGACUAGAUGGGUUGACAACAUGCCAACUUGGCCACGGGUCAUGUCUUGGCUCUCCGUCCUACGUCUGAAACGAAUAUCAAGCAGGCGGUGGCCGAGGCUGUUGUGAUUUCAUAGUAGACGGCGGCGGGGUUCAAAGAGCCAACGAGGGACGCGUGAUUCAAAGUUGAUUCGCUCUUGGGGACCGAUGUAAGGUCGCCUGUUGCGCAGGUCAAUACAGAGUACGUGAGCGAAGGAUGGAGUGUGGCUCUCAAGUCUUAGCUUCUCGCGAUACGUCUCGGGUCUCAGAAUGGCGACGUUCUCGCUACAAAGGCUGAACUACUAGUAGUCUUCGUGGAACGAUAGCCGUCGGAAGCUUUGUGCUUAGCGCCUUAAUGAUGGGAUGGAACGACGAAGGAGAAUGGCCAUCAAGAUAGGAAUCGAUCAAUGCAC